GAGGAGGAUUGGCAGCAGAUGUUAGCUCAGGGCUAAUCUUCCUCCCCCCCCCCAAAAAAAAUCACCUGGAAAGAAACUAUAGAAUUUCGUAUGAAUAUUUUUAAAAAUCAAGAAAUUUCACAUAAAAAUGUGGAUCUCCAGCCUUUUUGGCUACAUCAGAGAAUCUGGCGGCCCUGGGGCUGCUUUCCUACAUGUCUGUAGUCCCCUGGAGAGGUGACUAAGCUAAGGGCUGCUUCCCCUUAGCUGUGGCAUUUGCUCUGUUUCCUACAACCUCUGCCAUUCCUGAAAUUCUCCCCAGCUCUGAAGGAGUGAACAUCACAUCUACCCAUUGAAAAAAAUAGAAUUAAUAAUAUGUUUUACUUACGAAGUAGUCCUUUUUUUCUGUUAGUAAAGAUAACAUUUUAAUAUUUCUUAUGCAUUUGUCUCUUUCAAAAGUGGGGAAACGAAAGCUAGAACAGGAAAGCCACACGUUUCAAGAAAAAUGGGAGCGAGCUUAUUUCUUUGUGGAGGUAAAGAAUGUUCCUACAUGUUUAAUAUGCAAACAAAGUCUGUCUGUGUCGAAAGAAUAUAACCUAAGAGGCCAUUACGAAACAAACCAUAGUAGCAACCAUGAUGUCUGUACACAAAAGAUGCGUGAUAAAAAGCUUAACGAACUGAAAAAAAGACUGAAAUUUCAACAUGAUUUGCUUUUGAAUGUGAAUAAAGUAAGUGAUGCUGCCAUGAAAUGUAGUUAUGUAUUAAGUGAGAAAAUUGCCCGGGCAUCCAAACCUUUGACAGAUGGUGAGUUUAUAAAGGAGUGUCUGUUGAGUGCAGCAGAAAUUAUGUACCCCGAACAGAGACCAGCAUUUGCCAACAUAAGACUAAGUGGGAACAUUGUUGGGCAGCACGUUGACAAUGUGACUGAGAACUUACAGGACAAGUUGCAAGAGAAAGCGAAAUCAUUGGUGGCUUUCUGUCUCGCAGCUCAGGAAAGCGCCGAUAUAAAUCAUGCCCCUCAGUUAGCUGUAUUUAUUCGUGGUGUUGAUGAACCUUUCGAUGUGACUGAAGAACUUUUGGACGUGGUACCCAUGACAAGCACAACAUCAGGAAAUGAGUUAUUUUUAUGUGUUGAGAAAAGUCUUAAAAAAUUUAAUGUAGACUGGUCAAAAUUAGUAAGUCUUAGCACAGAUGGUAACUCUGAGAUGGUUGGUGUUAAACAACGUGUUACAAGACUUCAAUCGAAAGUGUCAGGGCUUUGCAAAGACGCAGAACUGAAGUCUGUGCACGGCCUCGUUCCCCAGGAAUCAUUUUGUGCUAACAAGUUAAAAAUGGAUCAUGUCUUGGGCAUAGUCAUUUCCACCAUAACCUGGAUAUGUUCCCAUGGCUCGAACCCCAGAAAGUUCAGUGCUUUGUUUAAUGAGUUGGAUGCACAAUACGGAAGCCUGCUCUGCUCCAUGGAAGCUAAGUGGCUGAGUUGUGGUGUGGUGCUCAGGCAGGUUUUUGAACUGUUGGAAGAAAUUGACUUUUUCAUGUCUUCCAAAGGAAAAUCCGUGCCUCAGCUUACUAGCAAAGAUUGGUCAAAGACUUGGCCUUUUUGGUUGACAUUAUGACUUAUCUAAACACAUUGGAUAUUUCUCUGCAAGGGCGUUCACAAGUAGUUACACAAACGUAUGAUUCCAUUCGCUCAUUCCUAGCGGAAUUGUGUCUUUGGGAAACUCAUCUGGCAAGGAACAAUCUGGCCCACUUCCCUACUCUGAAAUUAGUUUCUGAAAAUGAAAGUGAUGGCCUGAACUAUAUUCCACAAAUUAAAGAGUUGAAGACUGAAUUCCAGAAAACCUCUGAUUUCAAGCUUUUGAAAAUGAACUAAUAUUGUUCAGUUCACCUUUCUCAAUUAACAUUAAUAAUGUGAACGAAGGGGCUGGCCCCGUGGCCGAGUGGUUAAGUUCGCGCGCUCCACUGCAGGCAGCCCAGUGUUUUGUUG